CUCGCUGCGCAUCGACGCCUUUUCGCAUAUACACGUUCACGUACACGUACACGUACACGUACACUAGUCCCGUUCGUGUCCGUUGUCUUCACCUCCGCCGUGGGCCCGUCCUGUCUGUCGUCUUCGCCGUCUUCAUUCCUGCCUCUCUCCCUUCGCUCCCCUUUUUCCAAACCUCGACACUCCGGCUCUGGUUCAUCAUCAUCAUCGCCAUCUUCUUCUUCUUCUUCUUUCUAACCUUCGAGUCCUGUUGCUCCGCAUCACGCUUGUCUACUUCGCUGACCGAGUUUCCCGUCUGUCUGUGACUCUCCACCACAGUCCCGUACCGGGGCCGCUGCGCUGACACGCGAUCAACGAACAGAGCCCACAUUAACUUGGCGUCAUCGAGCCCGGCCUGCUCUCUUGUCUCCCCCCUCUUGUCCGCCAGAUCCGCAGCGUGACCUCUUCAAGCGUACCAAAGUAUCGCCCAGCGCGGCAAGCUAGACAGGGCCCCUGGGCACCUCCCCUAGUCCGUCACGAUAUCACCAGCAGGAUUCAGUGACCAGCACUACCUGCACCACCAACAGCACCACCAUCACCGCCACUCCCUCCACCAAAAUACCAAAGACAUAUCCUCUCCUACAGCCUCACACGCUCUCCAGUCGUUCUCGCCCAUCGACGCCAACCCUCGCUGCAGCCCCUUUCGCGGUCGCGAGCGCGUUGCGUAGUCUGAAUCGCGGCAAGAUCGACCCCUUCUCCGUCUUUAUCUACACGCAGCUUACAACCCAAUCGCCCCGCCUCGUAGCCCAACCAUGGCUUUCCAGCAGCACCACAAGCGGCCCCAGCUCCAGCGGCCAGUCUCGUACGCUACGUCCGCUGACAACGUCGAUGCCAACGCCUCGUUGACCUUACAGCGACCCCCCACCAAGGACUCGCUCGCCACCGACGAAGAGUGGGUGCUGUUCUCGCCCACCGCACCCUCCGUCACACAGACGCAUACUACCUCCACUGAUCGAACCCCGCGAACAGCCGGUCUUUCGCGUAUCAGCGACCUUGGCUCGCUAGACACUGCUGCACGCUCAGACCAGGUCACUGAAGACCUCAAUGACGACGACAAUGCCACUGAGCACGCUACCGACGCGGACGAGCUUGACAGCCUCGACGACGGUUUACACGCCUUCCACGAGCCGUCUGACGCCGGCAGCCCGCGCCAGAUGCUACAUCGCAGCAGCGACACGGUCCUUCCCACUCACGAUGGACUUGGCACCUUCGGCGGCGCCUCUGAUGCUAUACAGACUCAACUAUGGAGGUUCGAGCAUGAAUCCCAGCGCCGAAAGCACCGGCGUCGAGCGUCGAGCGUGCAGCGAACCCUUGAGGCGCUCGAGGAGGUUGACGAGGUUGUCAGCGAGGAGACGGAACGCUUCCGCCGGAUCGAGCGCUGGAGGCUCGAACAGAGCCGCGCACUGCUCGAGGAGAUUGAGCGCGAGACCCGCCGCAUGCGCCGGAUGAGUCGCGCCGCCAGCUAUCGCUCGCAACGUACUGCCGCCGAAACAACGUCCAACUUCCAGACCAAGUCGGAGACAAACCUGUCGACCGGCGUGGCCACGCCCACAAUGGAGGAGGCGCCGCAUGAGACACGAUCGUCACCGGUCAUAGGUGCAUCGACAGCGACAAUGCCAAAAUCGGCUGCUGAGCCCGUCCCACCCGCGCCUUCGGUGCAUGAGGAAAACGAGGGAUUCUGGCAGCGUCUCACGAGGAGGGUGAUUCGGGAUCUUAUCGGCAUCGACGAAGAAAUCUUGUCUGUGAUUCUGGGUGAGUCGCUGCCAGAGGAGGCCUACAGGUCGCCUGAGUCGUCCACGCACGACAUCGCCAAUGAUGAAGCGCUUGAGAACGCAGAGAGCUCGCCGCUAGAGGGUGACACAUGGCAGCAUCGCCUAUUAGAACGCGUCGCUCGCGAACUGGGCAUACUCGUGCACCAGCUAUCGGAGCACCCGGGCGCUUUCAGUACUUACCUCAAGGCCACUGAAACGCCGUCUUACGCUGGCAUCACGCAACCGUCCACUGCACAUUCCGCAAGCCCGAGCCUUACGCGCCGCGCCUCAUCGAGCAGUGUCCCAACUCCCUCUUCAAAUGUCCCACUGUUCAACCCUACGCUAGCCCCGCAAAAUCAGUCCGACCCGUCGUUGUGGGGCAUCGAAGAGGAGGAGGCCGAGGAGAUUCGGCCCGAGGACAGGUUUGGCCACCGCUAUCAGCAACAGAGCCGCUCGAUUGACGCUGCCACGCUGCAAAAAGAGCGCGAAUACUGGGAGCGUGAGCUCGACAUCAAAAUGGUGUUUCAAUUUUUAAAAAGCAGGUUUGCUUCGCGGCCCGGCAGCCCGGAGCCCGCUGCAGUGGAUGCCAGCGUACCGUACGUGGGUGGCUACUCGUCGCCCACACGGCGACCUUCCGUGUACUCCGCCAACAAUCGCAGUAUGAGCGCCCAUAGAGCCGCUCUAAUCCGCCAGCAUCAUCCUCUGGCCUCGAAGCUGGACCACAAUACCAGCCGUAGGAGAGAUAUUAGCCACCGCCACCAUACCCAUCACCAUCAUUCUAGCACCCACACCUACCUUCAUAACUACCAACACGGUCACCACGGCGCCACUGCGUCCGUGGUACCGCAAAACCUGAUGCGCUCCAGCUUGGGCGUUCGCACUCGCAGCGAGAGCUGUGCCAGUCAGAGCACUAAGCGAAGUAGAAAGACUGGCUCCAGCCGGAAUUUCUGGGAUCUGGGUGGCUCUGUCGGCUCCGGUCCUACCGGGUUGGGUACCUGGGGCGAAGUGGGCAUCUGACUGUAGGACGGCUCACUGGCUAAUUUUUUUUUUCUUUAAAGGGAAUGCCGGCUCCAUUUCCCGCGUGGGGGCAAAUCAUCUUUGCAUAGCGUUCUUUUCGUUUUGGGAUACCAUGGUCGUAUUUAUCGUUUGGGUUUUCAUCUCCUCUUACAAAAGAGCAAGACGGGGCUCACGGCGGAAGAAUGGAAGGUGUGGGACGGCGUUAGUCGUGGAAUGUUGAUGACGACGAUGACGACAAAACGAUGCUGCUACUUGUGGCUCUUCCAUUUUCUCAUUUCUUCUUGAUAGAGGAGAAACCGUCAAUGCUUGCUUGACCCGCGACGCAUUCGAUAAAUCAAUCCGAGGCAACUUUUCCCUGGAAGGGCUUCUGUGAAAAAGGGUGGGCGAGGUUUUUUGCAUGCUGGACGUCCUCUGCUUUCAUAGGCUAUGUUCAACCUCCCCUUUGGCAGAUCCUCGUUUCUCUUGCAAUUCGGUUCCACAUGGAGAAAGAGUGUUCGCAGGCCUGGAGUGCAAAUGAGUAGUUUUUGGCCCGCAGUGGGAGGUUUUUUUUUUCUUGCAAAUCUUGGCGGCAAUUAUCCACCCACACCGAGAAAUGGACGUAUAAAUGCACGCACGCACACAUAAUCACAAUCUUACGUAUAUAUUUAUGCUAAAUAUGGGUUUUUAGGAAGACAGCGUGCACAACAAGGCGGAAUGAGGCCGUUUUUGGUGGCUAGAUGUACGACUACAUAGGGUUAAUGAACGAUUCACACAUGUCUUUCA